AUGGUUGAUGUUACUGCCACACCUGAAGUUACCCCACAUACGUCAUCAUCCAUCACCAGCAGUGGUGGUGAAAAUGAAAAACGACAUCAUACCGUAAUGACACUUGCUCAUGCUGAGUUUACUCGUAACAAUAAUAAUACUUUGAAUUCUCAACAUCCACGUAUAAUAGACUUGACACCUUUACCUGGUGAAGAGAACAAACAGAUAUUCUACCCUGUCGACAUCGAUUCUCUUGGGGAUCAUCAUCAAGCCAUUGAUCAAGAAGCAGAUACGAAUAAACCAUUACCUAUCCCACCACAGACACAGUCUCAAUCACGCGACGAUAUGUCUUCUGCUCCUAACGGACAUGGUCAUGGGAAUUCUGAUUUCCCAGAAUUACCACCCGCACCACCUUCAAGGACGUUUGGACAAGGUUAUUCAGCUAGUAAUCCAGUACCAACAGUUCAAUCUUACAAAGCCGAUCAAAAACAACACGAAGAAGAAUCUAGAGCGUACGCUGAAUUAGUUGAAAAACGUAGAAGGGAAGCAGAAGAAAGAGAAUACAACGCUAAUCAACAACAGUCAGAUACAUCGGAUGGAAGAGGUGUCGUUCCACCUCCGACUGCAAACUAUACUGUAAGAGAUGAUCAAGAUAAUAUUGAUAGUCAUAAAAAUGGUGAAAAAUUCCCAGGUGAAAGUAAACAGCCUAUUGCUGCGGGAAAAGAUGAAGAAACGAACGUAAUCAAAACUCAAAAAGAUAAGAAAAAUGACGUUCAAGCUAGUACUGGUGCAAAUGAGAAGUCUAGAUUAAUGGAACAAAUGAAUUCCAACCAGGUCAAACCAACCGACAGAAUCAGAAAAGCUGAAAAGGGUCAAAGAAGAGUCAGAGAUCCCGUCACCGGUGCUGAAAUCAUCGUUAAAGACGCUGACCCCAAAGACUUCGAUUCUGCCACUCCAACUACUCAAGGAUCCAAUAUUUUGUAUCACGCUUUCCCACCUCCUAGUCCUAUAUCUGUCGAGGGAAUUUUGAGCAAACUCAAGAUGCUUCAACUCGUAGCGGGUGGAAGUAUGUUCUUGAUCUGGAUCAGUGUCGCCUUCGGUAGUGGUUUGGUCAAAUUGGUCUGGAGAUCAAUCUUAUGCUCUGUGGUCGGCUUCGUACUUAUGACAGGAAUCAGUCUUGUUGAAAGAGGUCUUGAGAAGGAAGUCGAAAGAGUCAGACAAGAUAUGGGUAGACAAAGAGGAGAAGCUUUCUCUCCUCCUUUCCCCGAAAGUGUAGAAUGGUUAAAUGGUUUAGUGAAAUUGAUUUGGGGUUUAGUCGACCCCUCAUUGUUUAUCUCUGUCGCUGAUAUGGUGGAGGAUAUCCUCCAACAAUCCCUCCCUGGUUUCGUUGACGCUGUUCGAAUUACAGAUCUUGGUCAAGGUACAAACCCUCUUCGAAUCACUUCUAUCAGAGCUUUACCUGACCAACCUGGAGAUGAGGGGUAUCCCAAGUCUGGUUGGAUCAACCAAGGCAAUGAGAACAUAAACUCCAAGGACACUGCUGGAAAGGAUAUUACUGAAGAUGAAGCUGGUGACUACUAUAACUUUGAAGUCGCUUUCUCAUACGCUGCUUUGCCUGGGCAAGGUGCUCAGCUCCGAGCCAAAAACAUACACUUGCUUAUCGAAUUUUUCCUUGGCUUGUACGAUUGGCUUCAUAUUCCCAUCCCGAUCUGGAUUCAGGUUGAGCAAAUUUUCGGUGUAGUUCGUCUCCGAGUCCAGUUCAUUCCCGAGCCUCCUUUCGUUCGAAACCUCACCUUCGCAUUAUGUGGAGUUCCUUCGGUUGAAGUCUCAGCGGUUCCUAUGUCAUCAAAACUUCCUAAUGUCCUGGACCUGCCUUUCAUUUCUUCCUUUGUCAAGAUGGGUAUUGCAGCUGGAACUGCUGAAUUAGCUGUACCCAAAUCCAUGACUAUCAACAUUCAAGAACUUCUGUCCGGAGCUGCGGUUGGCGAUACAAGAGCCAUCGGUGUGUUCGUCGUUACUAUCCACCACUGUGAAGAAUUGUCUGCUCAAGACAACAAUGGUUCAUCGGAUCCUUACGUUGUUCUCGCUUACGCCAAAUUCGGUAAACCAAUUUACUCUACUCGAAUCAUCCUUGGCGAUCUCAACCCCGUAUACGAGGAGACUUGCGUCCUUCUCUUGACCAUGGAUGAGGUCAAAGCAAAAGAGGAUUUGGCCGUCAUGUUAUGGGACAGUGAUAAGAUGAGUGCUGACGAUCUCGUCGGCCGAGUCCAAGUACCCGUUGAAGAGCUUAUGUUGGAGCCAAACGUCAUGAAACGACGAGAGAAUUCCCUUACUGGGUUCGAGGAUGCUAACGACAUGCCUGGUAAACUCGUUUGGUCUAUUGGUUAUUUCGAGAAAGCUCCUCUCAUCAAGGACCUUGAACGAGGCCCAACGGUCGAAGAAGCUAAGGCUGCCCCUGAACCCUCCAAGACUGCGCCCGAAAUGGAAAUGAUGCCAGCAGAUGCUGCUCCUAACCCUGCUAAGAAGGAUCUCCCCCCACCUGCACCCGAUGUUCAAAAAACCAAACCCGAUCCCAAAUGGCCUUCUGGUGUCCUCUCUAUCAUUUUACACCAAAUCAACAAUCUCGAACGACAAAACCUCGAAGGAGCUUCUGGUGACCGAGAAGGUGAAGCUGGACAAGAUACCGAGGAGCCUUCUGAGCAAUCUGAUAACCUUCCUUCCGGUUAUGGUGAAUUCCUCGUUAACGAUGAUAUGGUAUACAAGACUCGGGUCAAGCAAUACACAACCAACCCUUACUUCGAAGCCGGUACUGAGCUUUUCGUAAGAGACUGGGAGAACACAGUGGUCAGAGUCGUCAUCCGUGACAGUAGAUUGAGAGAAGCGGACCCCAUCUUGGGUAUUGUCUCUGUCAGAUUGUCAGAAGUAUUCGCAGAAGCUAGUAGUGUUACACAGACCUACGCCUUGACUGAAGGUGUGGGAUUCGGAAAGGCAAACAUCUCAUUCGCUUUCCGAGGUAUGCAAACUACUCUUCCCAAAAACUUGCGGGGUUGGGAUACUGGUACAUUGGAAGUAUCAAACGUCUCAGCCACCAUCCACGACACAAACGCACUCGAAGCUAAAGCAGCAAGAUUACGAGUUGUUACGUCUGAGAAAGUUGAAACAUUGCCUAAAAAGGAUGCUGAAGUCAACGGCAAUUCUUUAUCAUGGGAUUUGGAUUUGAUACGACUACCAGUUUAUUCAAGAUAUCAAUCUUCGGUCGUUUUCGAAAUAGGUAAAGGUGGAGGAGCACUCAAGAGUCUUGGUGUAGGGGUUAAACCUGAUGCCAUUGCUGUUCUAUGGAUGCAAGAUUUGACUGAUGAUGUGGAACAAGAAAUCAGAAUCCCAAUCUUGACAGGUCCAGACAUUCAAAAUUUGAGACAGAACGCUAUAAAUGAUCAAACUAUGAAAUUCCAUGAAUUCAAGAUUGUAGGUGAAUUAACAGCUAGAUUGAAGUUGGAUAGUGGGUUAGACGAAGACCAUGAGACAAUUGAACAAGGUCAAUCCAGACGACAUGCCCUUGAAGCUCAUGACCAUAUCGAGGGAGAAGCUGAAAUCGCCAGAAAACAAGCUACGUUCGAUGAUGAUGGAGUGAUCGAUAAACAAGAACAGAAACAAAUCGAUCGUGCUCAUAAGAGACAACUUGAAUCUAGAGGUAGAGGAAUGGCACAGAUCAAAGCUUACAGAUCAGCCAAAUGGAUGAUGAGGGGAGUGAAAGAUAGAUUACCAGGUCAGAAGAAGACUAGGGAACCUACCGUACAAACUGAGGCAUAG